AAUGUAAUAAACUCACAGCAACGUUUCUCAGCAGGGACAGCCCUCGGUCACAUGGUGCCGUCUAUACCCUGGAACACACACGGGACACAAAGUGCGCGACAGAGCUGGCAAAUAAAAGGAGGUGACCCGUUGGAGAGUGCGACUUUUUAGCAUUUUUAACGGCGUUAUGGAGUAAAAACUGCGCCACUUUCAGCCCACCAUCGAGACUCGCCUAAAGGGGAGAAGAUGAUUCUGAGCUCCGUGGGGAGCUGCUGCCUCGGUCCGGAGGCCAAAGAGGCUCGAAGGAUCAACGAUGAGAUCGAGAGGCAACUCCGCCGGGACAAGAGGGACUCCCGACGGGAAUACAAGAUCCUUUUGCUCGGAACCGGUGAGAGUGGGAAGAGCACUUUCAUCAAGCAGAUGAAGAUCAUCCAUGGCCGUGGGUACUCCGACGACGAGAAGAGAAGCUUCACCAGGCUGGUCUACCAGAAUAUCUUCACAGCCAUGCAGGCCAUGAUCCAGGCCAUGAACACUUUACAAAUCCCCUACAAGCAUGAACACAACAAGGUUCAUGCCAAGGUUGUCAGUGAGGUUGAGGCGGAGAAAGUGACAUCAUUAACAAACCCAUACGUGGAGGCCAUCAAGAGCCUGUGGAGUGAUCCAGGCAUUCAAGAAUGCUAUAAUCGCAAGCGGGAAUACCAGCUGUCAGACUCAGCCAAAUACUAUCUGAAUGAUUUGGACCGAAUUUCUGAUAGUACUUACCUGCCAUCACAGCAAGAUGUGCUGAGGGUCAGGCAGCCCACCACGGGCAUUAUCGAAUACUCCUUUGACAUAGAGAACGUGGUGUUCAGGAUGGUGGACGUGGGUGGUCAGCGUUCCGAGAGGAGGAAAUGGAUCCACUGUUUUGAAAAAGUCACUUCCAUCGUGUUCCUGGUGGCGCUCAGCGAGUACGAUCAAGUCCUUUAUGAGUCUGCCAAUGAGAAUCGAAUGGAGGAGAGCAAAGCCUUGUUCCGCACAAUCAUAACCUACAAGUGGUUCAAAAAAUCGUCAGUCAUCUUGUUCCUCAACAAAAUAGACCUGCUAGAGGAGAAGAUCAUGUUCUCUCAUUUGGUUGACUACUUCCCAGAAUAUGACGGUCCCCAGCGGGAUGCCAAAGCAGGAAGCGAGUUCAUCUUAGACAUGUUUGUCAGCCUGAACCCAAACAUGAAAAAAACCAUCUACUCCCACUUCACCUGCGCCACAGACACAGACAACAUCCGUUUCGUCUUCCGCGCGGUGAAGGAUCAUGUCCUGCAGGGGAACCUCGAAGACUAUAACCUGGUGUAAAAGAGUAAACGAUGCCACUGUAAGUCACGCGAGCCGUGCAGCAGCACUUCGGUUUGUCUCACACAGGAAAAUGAGGAGCUGUGGAGCCUGUUGCCGAAUGACUGUACUACUGAAGGCUGUUUGAAAACGCAGCUAGAAUGAAGUGUGUCCUCCUGAUGACAAUGCUGCCUUACUGAGCAGUGUAUAACAGUGUGCACUCUGUCUUUCAUGGAGCUCUUUUUGAACAUUUUUGAGUAGUAAGUAUAUGCAUGUACAUGCGGUAUUGAAAGGGAAAUGUAUUUGAAGGACACCAAUAAGCCAGAAGGAGAUGAGUAAUACUCGGCUUAUACUUGAGGGAAACUGUGUAAGUGUAAUUUAACUGCAAUGCAGCGCCUCACACCAUUAACCCAAGUCGGUAAGUUUAUUUUUUUGUUAACUUACAUUAAAAUUACUCUAAAUGCUUUGUGUCUCAAGUUGAUGGAGAAAUAAUCUUAACACUAAUGAUACAUGUACUUGGAUACAGAUGGUGAUUUGCACACUGUACCUUUUAAUAACUUUGAUAUUUGUGUUGUCAUGCUGUCUGUCUGUACCUCACAGCUGAGUCAUGAUCACUUACAGUGUCCAGACUUUCUUUCAACUCUGUGAUUACACUGUUCAGUGUUCAGCCACUUUUUUGCAAACACAUUAUUUAAUUUUUUUUUUUUUAAUGUUUUAUACAAAGGGAAAUCCUGAUCCCGUGCUACAUUCUGUUAUGUUUGCUUCACUUUUUUGAAAAGCCGUAAUUAUUUUUUCAAACCUGUUUUUGUGUGUUAAGAUCAGGGACACUAUUAUAUUUUAUUUGUUUUUGUUUUGUUUUGUUUUUUGUUGUGUUGUUUUUUUUAUUUUCUUUCCUUGAAAUUACUUUCAAAAUUGAUUGAAGACUUUACCCCAGUUUUGACCUCAGUACUUUUCAAUAUCAUAGUAUAGUCUGAUUAUAUUUUUUAAAGAUACAUUUUGCAUUAAAGGGGUCGUAUUAUACUCCUUUUCAGUAAGCCAGUGUAGCUCAUCACGUGUCUAAAAACGGAUAUUAUAGUUAACCCAUAGACACUGAAGUGAGGUAUCUUUGAAGAAAAUGCUAAUUUUCUGCGCUGUAACUUUAAAUGGCAACUAGUUUGUACUUGUCGCAAAGCUUCGAACAGGUCAGACGAAGCCCACCCAGAAGAAGAAAAAGUUGCAGUUCCUUGACCGGCCUCUUGAGGCUGGCUCAAAAAGUGAACAGGUUCCCGUUCGAGUCUGUUAAAAUGUCCAACUUUGGAACAGAAAUCCCAUAAUUUCCGGACUAUUGAGCCCACCUGACUAUAAGCCACACCCACCAAUUUGAAAAAGAAAAAAAAUUGUACAUAAAUAGGCCGCACUUUUCUAUAAGCCGCAGGUGUCCACAUUGUAACAUGAGAUAUUUACACAGAAAGAUGUCAAACAGAAAUCUUUUCUAACUUUUAAUUAAAUACGUACCGUAAAUGCUUUUUUUUUCUGAAGGUGUUACACGUAAUUAUUGAUGAGUACGCCAUGCAGCGCGCACGGUGUCGCGCAGUAUUGCCGCUCCACGCAGAGGCAGAACUGAGUAAUUUUAAUGUUUUUAUUUUUUUCUUUGUGGAUCAUGAGAUAAUUUCAUUGCGUGCAGCCAGAAUCGCCUGGUGUCUGGUAAAUGAGACAUUAAUGAGGCGCAGUGACCUUUUUCAACUUGUGGUGCAAAGACAGAAAACUGGUGGGGAGGGGGUGGGGAGCUCCACUGACUGAUCUGACAGAGCAACUGUGGCGCAAAGUGCCUGUGUCACAGAGGGACUUUUCUUCAGCUACAACCAGGAAUUAAAGUAUUUUCAGACAUCUUUUUCGAAACUCAAGAGGCUUUAUGUGGAUAAUUUUUCUUCAGGAUGUGAUGAUGAAUCCCAUUGAAAUGAAAGGGUAAGACUGUAUUUACUACAUGUGUGAAUUUACUCCACAUGAGGACCGCCGCUUUCAGCCAAUCAAUGGGCAGCAUUGAUUGAUGUAUUUCGACUUAUGACAAACCCUGUAAAAAUCCAUAAAUUAGCCGCAGCAUUGUUUAAGCCGCAGUGUUCAAAGCGUGUGAAAAAAGUAGCGGCUUAUAAUCCGGAAAUUACGGUAAUCACUUUUACAGCCUGGUACAAAAAUGGUUUUAAUCUCUGUAACUUUGAUUGACAGCUCGCUGAGCCGAGGCCAACAGUCUGAGCGUCUGUAGCUCAGCGGUCACUCCAUUCGAUUUGAUUCAGCUCAGUUCACUUGAUGUGGCUGUUUGUUGUUGUGGAGAGCUGUGUCUGUCAUUUUGAGCAUUUUAUAAAAAUACUUGGAGUAAUAUGUCUUAUGUGGUGAAACGUCCUAACUGAUCAUCUUAAGACGUCCCUGCUGCAAUAUUUGCGCUGAGUGAAAUUCUUGUCUUAUUUAAUGUUGUAUGUUAUUAGCACUUUUAGCAGCUAUUGGUAGCUUGAUCCAUUCGGCGAGAAUGUUUGACUUAGUAAACAGGAGCAUUGUUCUGUUCAAAAGUAUCAAAAAUAAUAGUCUCCACACUGAUGACUAUACCACCUUUAGCUUGUUAAAACUUUAAUUUAUGGCCAUGUUUUGUUGUCACUACUUUAUCUUGACGUAUUUUCAACAUCACUAGAUGAAUAAAGAACUUUUCCUUUGUU